AGCAGCAGCAGCGGAUGGGUCCGACAGCAGCAGCAGCAGCAGCGGAUGGGUCCGGCAGCAGCAGAUGGGUCCGGCAGCAACAGCAAAUGGCUCCUGCAGCAGCACCAGAGCAGAUGGCUUUGGCUGUUCAGCGGCAACAGCAUUAGAUGGGUUCAGUGGUGGCAGCCGGUAGUCGGCAGCAGCAGCAGCAACAGUAGAGCAGAUGGCUUUGGUUGAACAGCAGCAGUAGCAGCAGAUGGGUCCGGUGGUGGCAGCAGCAGAUGGUUCGGUAGCAACAGCAGCAUAUGGUUCGGCAGCAGCAGCAGCAACAGCAGGGAAGCUAAAGAGAUUGAGUGAUGGGAAUUAAAAUAAAUUAGGGUUAGGGUU